GAUUUGAUUUCAUUAUUCUUCUGGACCAUCGUUCUAUAUCACUUUUUUUAAAUCAUAGUCUUACAAUUCCAUAUUGCUACCAAUAAAUUCCACACAAUAUAUAGUGUUAAUAGCACCACUUAUACGCUACUUUCGAAUUACGUCGAAAGAGUUCCCAGCCUCAAAGAAGCCGUGAAUGCAUCUCGAGCGUUGUGUUGGUUCUGUUGUCCUCCCGUCAAAAUAAGUGUUUUUUUGUUAAACUAAUGCCCGUUUGAAAACUAUUGUUAAACACGCAAAGGAAAUGGACUCGCAGAUACCAGAGUUGACCAAACCCACCGUUUAUAUGAAAGACCCCAAGAAAGUAGGCGAGAUCCUGGAGUCCAUGUUGAAGGCUGGGUCAAACACAUUACAGAUCAUCUCAGAUUUUGACAUGACUCUAACCAGAUUUGCCUACAAUGGGAAAAGAUGUCCGACCUGUCAUAAUAUUCUUGACAACAGCAAACUUAUCUCUGAGGAUUGCAAAGUGAAGCUCCAGGAACUGCUUGACACAUACUAUCCCAUAGAGAUCGACUCUUCUCGAUCAAUAGAAGAGAAGUUGCCUUUAAUGGUGGAGUGGUGGACCAGAGCUCAUGAGCUUCUCGUGGAGCAGAAGAUAAAAAAGGAUCUUCUGGCUGUAGCAGUGAAGGAAUCUGAAGCCAGACUCAGGGACGGCUUCAAACUCUUCUUCGACCACCUUUGCUGGCACAGCAUCCCCCUGCUUAUCUUCUCUGCUGGGAUCGGAGACAUCCUGGAGGAGGUCAUCCGCCAAGCAGGGGUCUUCCAUCCCAACGUUAAAGUCUUCUCCAACUACAUGGACUUCGAUGAGUCCGGCGUGUUGAAGGCUUUCAAGGGAGAGCUCAUUCACAUCUACAAUAAAAGAGAAGGUGCGCUGCUCAACACUGGGCACUUCCAAGAGCUCAGGACGCGACCUAAUGUCCUGCUCAUGGGAGACUCACUGGGAGACCUGAACAUGGCUGAUGGGGUGCAGGACAUAGAGAACAUCCUGAAAAUUGGCUAUCUCAACGACAAGGUGGAGGAGAGGAGGCAGUCAUACUUGGACUCGUACGACAUUGUCCUGGUGAAAGACGAGACCCUUGACAUCCCGAAUGCGGUCUUGCUCUACCUCACUGGCAACAAAUGACCGGUAACCACGGCUCACAUCUCACCCCGGCGCGCAUUUCCUUUUUAUUUCCUCUCAUCUGCGUUUCCUUGAGUUCUCCUAGUUUAUGUUCGUGUUAGUCGUGUGUUUUCUCAUUUGACAUUUGCUCCGUCCACCGCCACAGUGGCUGUGUGAGAAUGUCGGUUCCAUCCGAGCUAACAGCCAUCACUCUUCACAAGGCUUGGUCUUAUUUGCCGGUCGCACAAGGGUUCACUCUAGUAACCAUUGCACUCCUCCAUGUUGCCUGGCUGUCCAACCCAACUCUGGAGCCAACAGAAUGUUGUCUCUUGUUUUAUCUCGUGGUUUUAUUCAUGUACAUCAGUGACACUGUAACAGGAGACUGAUCUCUGUACAUUUGUAAGACUGACUCACUGACUGCAACUGAGGCUCUUUCGAUUUUAGAAUGUCAAAUCCUAACACAACACACUUGCUAUCCCACCGAGGAGUGAACCUGCUCCCUCACACAGUUUUAAAGGCCUUUACGUCACGUUUUGCUUACCUCAUCUGAUGUGAAAUAAAACAUAUCAACAAGUUUGGAUCAUAUUUUCCUCAUAGCUUUGUCUGCGUAGGAUUUUUACUUUAAAAAACUACCGUCUGUUAUUACUUUACAUUAAAAUACUGACAGCUUUGUACCCUCCGUCAACUGUACGACCAGUGGUUCUUAACAACCGAGAAAGGUUUCGUCAAUAAAAUCUCUUUUUUUAAUUUAACAUUCCAGAGAGGGCCCUGCCCCAAACCUAGGUAGUCAAGUGCUCAUUCACAGUUUGGUCAUCAGUCCACACACACACAGGUGUGCAAGACAAACGUGCGUGUCGACGCCGGCCUGCUCUUGGCUACAGCUCGUCUCGUCCUUGUGCGUCCAACGUCUCGUCCGUCUGCACUUCCACCUCAUCGGGGGAAAUGUAGCCGUCUCU